AUGUUUGACGUGGAAUAUGCAAGAUGGGUUGAGGAGCACCACCGCUUAGUGUGUGAGCUAAGAGCUGCAGUGCAAGAUCACCUUCCUGAGAACGAGCUUAGACUUUUUGUGGACAAUUGUUUGGUGCAUUAUGACCAAGUAAUGAACCUCAAGAGCCUAGUGGCGAAAACUGACGUGUUCCAUCUGGUUUCUGGCAUGUGGAAGACCCCAGCUGAACGUUGCUUCAUGUGGAUCGGUGGAUUCAGGCCUUCUGAACUCAUUAAGGUACAUAAAAUUAUUGUAACCAAGUAUGGUUCACAAAUGCUACCCACAUAUCCUAGUCCAGAAUCAUGUCAAGACAUAUUAUAUGUCAAACAGCAAGUGAUUAUUCUGAGUCAAAUUGAGCCUCUGACGGAGCAACAAAUAUUGGGUAUAUGUGGAUUGCAACAAUCAACGCAAGAGGCAGAAGAGGCUCUCACUCAAGGGCUCGAUGCUCUCAAUCAAUCUCUUUCAGACACAAUAACUUCAGACUCUCUAAGCUAUCCUUCCAAUAUGGCUAACUAUAUGGGACAAAUGGCUAUGGCCAUGAACAAGCUCUCAAGUCUCGAAGGUUUCGUGAGACAGGCAGAUAAUCUUCGGCACCAAACCAUUCACCGUCUGCAUCAGGUCCUAACAACGCGUCAAGCAGCAAGGUGUUUUCUGGCCAUAGCCGAGUACUUUCAUCGUCUUCGUGCUCUGAGUUCAUUGUGGCUGGCACGCCCUCGCGCAGAAUAG